CUGCCUUUCAGUUCCACCCAAUGUUGGACAUGGCAGAAACAAUUACGCUUUUACCUGGUAGGAGAUGCUGUAGUUGCCCGACAAGUAAACAGCGAAUUUGCCUACACAUAUGAAUAUCAGGGAAAUACCGCAAAGUUGGUCCAUACACCAUUGACAGACAAAUGUUACCUCACGCUUACCCAAGCAAUGUACAUGGGCCUUGGCGGAAAUCCAUAUGGGCCUGCUGGGACUGGCAAGACUGAAUCUGUGAAGGCCCUGGCUUCACUCUUUGGACGCCAAGUCUUAGUAUUCAACUGUGACGAAGGAAUCGAUGUCCAUUCGAUGAGUCGCAUCUUUAUUGGCAUCGUGCAAUGCGGUGCUUGGGGAUGUUUCGAUGAGUUCAACAGGCUAGAUCAGGUGAUUUUGAGGUGA